ACUUGUCGCGUACUUGAAAACCUCGUUUGAGAGCAUUUACGUAAUCCCAACCCUAUAAAAAUCUCAAUCGUAAACUACACGCCCCAACUAGUCUGGUUGCUGCGUCACUGAACUGCGACUGUUGCUCUGUACUUGCAAACGAAAGAGAACAACAACAAUGGCGGCGAUUUCUUGUCACUCUGUCCUUCCAUCACACAAAGUCUCUUUCUCCUCGUCUUCAUCUGCUUUUUCCAGUAAUCUUCUCUCCCAUUCUGCUCGAUUCUCCAGUGCGUCGGUGUCGUCUCGGGCGAUUCGUGGAAGAAUAUUGUGCCAGACCUCCUCUGCUACCUCUACCGUCAAUGGAACAGCAAAAACAGAGCUGAAGGAUUUUCUACACAUUAGUGAUUUUGACAAAGCCACUAUUUUGAAGAUCUUGGACCGGGCAGCAGAAGUCAAGGCAUUGUUGAAAUCUGGAGACAGGACAUUCCUCCCAUUUAAAGGAAAGACAAUGGCAAUGAUCUUUGCAAAGCCUUCUAUGAGGACAAGGGUUUCAUUUGAGACUGGGUUCUUCUUGCUUGGAGGCCAUGCUAUAUAUUUAGGACCUGAUGAUAUUCAGAUGGGCAAACGGGAGGAAACUCGUGAUGUUGCUCGUGUUUUGUCUCGUUAUAAUGAUGUAAUCAUGGCACGUGUUUUUGCUCAUCAGGAUAUUCUUGAUCUGGCAAAGUAUUCAACUGUACCUGUUAUUAAUGGCUUGACUGACUUUAACCAUCCUUGCCAAAUAAUGGCUGAUGCCCUCACAAUAAUUGAGCACAUUGGUCAGUUGGAGGGGACCAAGGUUGUAUAUGUUGGGGAUGGGAAUAACAUUGUGCACUCUUGGUUGUUGAUGGCGUCUGUUAUUCCUUUCCACUUUGUUUGUGCCUGCCCUAAAGGUUUUGAACCAGAUGCAAAAACAGUUGAGAUGGCGCGACAGGCUGGAAUCAGCAAGAUCGAGAUUACAAAUGAUCCAAAGGAAGCUGUUAGAGGAGCUGAUGUUGUAUACUCAGAUGUUUGGGCGAGCAUGGGCCAAAAAGAAGAGGCAGCACAGCGGCGUAAACUUUUUGAAGGGUUUCAGGUUCACAUAUGGAUCCUUUCAAAAGCAUUUAUUGUAACGCAUAUAGGUGGAUGAAGAUCUUAUGAAAUUAGCUGGUCCAAAUGCUUAUUUUAUGCAUUGUUUGCCGGCUGAGAGGGGUGUAGAGGUGACUGAUGGUGUCAUUGAAGCUCCAAACUCUAUUGUCUUCCCACAAGCUGAGAACCGCAUGCAUGCCCAGAAUGCUAUAAUGCUUCAUGUGCUUGGUCUGUGAUGCAGUAACUCCCAUGCCUGAUGAUGGGCAAGCACCAGUUUUUGUGGCUGGUGUAAGUCGUGGCCAUUCUGGUAUUUGUUCUUUUGCAAUUUUAUCUUUUUAUUAGAAUAGCUAUUUAAUUUUGUGGAUUCGGCUCAGCCCAUUCAGUUUUUGUUGUUAGCUGUAAGUUAACUGUAUCACUACGGUUUGAACUCGAGUGUUACUAGUAUGCUUCUUGGACUGAACUUAUGGAAAUCAUCUGGCUUGCGGUUGCA